CUGAGACGAAUUGCCUUUUGCCUGGGUGGAAGGUUGAGGAAGUAUGGGUGGCUUGCUUUCCAGGAAGGACAGCCCAUCUACCUGGCGGUGAAGGGAGUAGUAUUUGAUGUCACUUCUGGAAAAGAAUUUUAUGGAAAAGGGGCUCCAUACAAUGCUUUGGUUGGAAAAGACUCAACAAGAGGAGUUGCAAAGAUGUCUCUGGAUCCGGCAGAUCUUACACAUGACAUAACAGGACUCACCGAAGAGGAACUGAAGUCCCUGGACGAUAUCUUCAAUAACGUCUAUAAGGCCAAAUAUCCAAUUGUUGGCUAUACUUCUCGACGAAUCCUGAAUGAGGAUGGCAGCCCCAAUCUAGACUUCAGACCUGAAGAUCAGCCACAUUUCAACAUUAAAGAUGAAUUUUGA